AUGCGUCGUAGAGUCUGGAAUACGAUUCUUGAAGUUUGCCUUCAGUCGAGCUUAACUUCCGGAGGACCUCCAUUAUUCUCUAUUGAUGAUUUCGACACAAAAUCUCCGAGAAACUUCGAUGAUGAACAAAUCGAGGAUUCUACUGCUAUAAAAAAGAAUGAAUUUACCCAAACGUCAAUCUCCAUGGCUCUUCGUGACACUUUGCCCCAGCGCUUAGCGGGGAUAACUUUUUUGAAUAGUCACGGUUCUUUAGGCACCUACGAAACAGCUCUUCAACUUGACAAGGAACUCAGAUCUGUUUACAAGUCUUUAUGCAAGACUAUACAAGGCUAUGUUCGCAGACCUUGCCCUUUGCCUCUGUUUGAGUUUCGUGCAGUUGAUUUAAUUAUGCAACGGUAUCUUUCCUGCUGCAUAUACCUUUUUUUCGGUAUAUCUUUGCAAGAAUCAGCUUACACAUUCACUAGAAAGGCCAUUAUUGAGGCAGCUUCUAAAAUAUGGCAUAGCGUCUAUCAAAUUUCCUCCUUCCCACCUCGCCAGUCUAAUAAGUGCCUUGAUUCAUCGCCUCAUGAUAGGUUAACUCUCCUAGCCACUUGCGGCUCGGGAUUUUAUCGAACUGCUUUGCUUCAGGCUACCCUGCUUAUGGCAGUAGAGCUUAGAGCACUGAUUCAAGAUAGUGAAAGCCUAGUCCCAAUACCCUUGAGUCAAGAUCUGUUUACAGUUCUGAAAAACGCGAAAGCCUGGUCUAUCCAAUGUAUAGAAGCCGGCGAAACCAACAUCAAGGGACACCUGCUCAUAUUUGUAAUUGAUGCCCACAUUCAAGCACUCCUAAAAUAUCUAGUGGAGGAUUGCACUCCUAGGUCUUUAAUAGGCGCUCUUGAAGAUGCAUCCGCAGCAUCAUUAUCCAUACUUAGCCGCGUGGCUACAAUGGACAAUGUUGAGAAGUCUACUGGCGUGCUUCACGAAAUGCCUCUGGAUAACAUGGGUGAAGGAGCAGAAGAUUGGCGGUUUAUGGUAGGUGGUGAGCUUCCAAAUAUAUCUCCCAUCAUUAGAUCCCACCUCACUCAUUUCAUUAGAUGGCCGAUUCAAUGUUCAAUCUAG